AUGCCUUUGCCUCUGUUUGGCAAAUCACACAAGUCACCACCGGAUAUUGUAAAGAAUCUGAAGGAGUCGUUGAUUGUAAUCGAGAAGGGUGAUAAGAAAAGUGAUAAGGCAGCUGAAGAAGUGAACAGGUGGUUACAAGCUGUCAAAGGAAUCAUCUAUGGACAAGAGGGCCAAGAACCGCAUACCGAACAGGUUGCACAAUUAGCACAAGAAACGUAUAACGCGAAUGUAUUACCGAUGCUGAUCAAAAACCUAUCGAAAUUGGAUUUCGAAGCGAAGAAAGAUGUCGCACUGAUAUUCAACAAUUUGUUACGGAGACAAAUCGGAACGCGAUCACCAACCGUCGAAUAUCUAUGUGCUAGACCUGAUAUGCUCAUCACACUUGUUCAUGGUUACGAAGCAGCUGAUAUAGCGGUGACUUGUGGAAGUAUGCUGAGGGAGUGUAUUCGGCACGAACAUCUCGCGAAAAUCAUCUUACAACAUGCCAUAUUCUAUAAUUUCUUUCAAUAUGUUGAGGUGUCAACAUUUGAUAUUGCAUCAGAUGCGUUCUCAACUUUCAAGGAAUUAAUAACAAAACAUAAAGCGCUUUGCGCUGAAUUUCUCGAGACGAAUUAUGAUAAGUUCUUCGAGUGUUAUCAGAAUUUGUUGAAUUCCGAGAAUUAUGUUACGAGGAGGCAAUCACUCAAGUUAUUGGGUGAAUUAUUGCUGGAUCGUCAUAAUUUUGCUGUGAUGACACGUUAUAUCAGUAAUCCAGAUAACCUCAAACUCAUGAUGAAUAUGCUCAAAGAGAAGAGUCGCAGUAUACAGUUCGAAGCUUUUCAUGUUUUCAAGGUAUUCGUUGCGAAUCCAAACAAACCCAAAGCGAUCGCAGAAAUUUUGCUAAGGAACAGAGAAAAAUUGGUUGAAUUUUUGACAAAUUUCCAUACGGAUCGUACAGAAGAUGAACAAUUCAACGAUGAGAAGGCUUAUUUGAUUAAGCAGAUUCAGGAUAUGAAAGCCUAA